AUGGAGGCUGCUGCCACUGCCCCCGGCUCAGCCCAGGCCCCGCUGGCACUCCGUGGUCUCUUAAGCCCAUCGCCCCUUCCUGCCCCUGGACAAGAAGUGCAUGGGAAUGAAAGGAAGUCCACCUUGAACUCUCUCCCUCCGCCACUGAUUUCCCCUCUCAGUCCGAGAGAAGCUUAUCUCUGGAGGCCCUGGAUGUCCUCUACCAAUGAUCGUGUAAAGCAGGCCAUUGGUGGGGCAACAAGAGCCGAGGUCACCAAGGCUGACUGCGAGUUCCACCACCCUGUCAGGCUCUUCUGGCCUAAAUCCCGCUCCUUUGACUACCUGUACAGAGAUGGGGAGAUUUUACUACAGAACUUCCCUGUCCAGGCAACCAUCAACCUGUAUGAGGAUUCAGAGAGCGAAGAAGUAGAGGAGGAAGAGAAGGAGCAAAGAGGAGAACAGGAGCAGAAAGAAGAGGAGGAGAAUGAGGAGGCAGAUGAAAAGGGGCCGGCAGAGUGUGUGAGGGUUCCCGGGUCAGCUCGGCACAGGGCCGCAGUUUAUCUUCCUUCUCCACACAUGCCCUGUCCAAACUGA